AUGGCACCUCAAGGCAACUCUCAGGGUACCUUCUCGCCAAAUUCUCGGAAUAAGGAUUUAGCAAUGAAUCUAGCUGGCAACAUUGCAGCAGAAGUGCGGAUUCUACUGGCAGACAUAGGAAAGCUUCGGGAUGAGAGACGUCAGCUUCAAUAUGAAAUUGCUGAGCUCAUGGCUGUUCGAUCCAAGUUCAGCGCCAAUGGAGAAUUCCAACCAGAAUGGAGGCCACCUGCGAUCGAGGCACCACCUCCCCCAGAACCACCCCUAGCAAUCGAAGCUCCCCCUCAGGCCAAACCAGGCUGGCGCGUUGUGCACAAGAAACCUGAAAGGAAAGCAAGAACAACGCCAAAGAUGGUCGGCCCCCCUCCUCCUGCCACUCCUGCUCCUGAAGCCCCGAAACCACAAGUCCCAGCUUGGGCGCAAUGGAGGCCAAAUCCUCUCCUUGCGCCCACCCCCGUCGCUCCAGGUUCGCCAGGUCCACCACCUCGAGCCGGACUUUUUGGACCUUCAACGCCUCCUCCGAAAUAG